GAGCCAUUACACAUGCACCAGCAUAGAGGCUUGUAAAGAAAUAUUUGUCAACAACAUGUCUCUCCUAGCAGUAUAUAUUGAAUCCAUUGGUGAUUGGUGAGUGGCAUCAACACAAUCUGCAAAAACAAGUAGUGCCAAUGGAUUCCAAAGUAGUUGAACAAGAAAUUCAACACCUGCCAUUAGAACAAGGAACGGAAAGACCUUUAGAUGAGUCGAAAGAAAAGGAGAGGCGAGCAACUAUUAAAGAUGAAAUAUUUCAAGCAUCAAUGGGGAAUAAGUGGACAAAAGUUCAGCAACUGUACAUCAACAACGAGUUUGUCCGUGAAUCCAAACUCACCAAAUCUGAAGAUACUACUCUUCACUUAGCUAUCUCUUCUUACCAUCAAGAUCGAGACGAUCUUUUACAUCAUCCUCAUCUUACUUGUAUUAAGGAAAUGAUUGCCAGCAUACCAAAGGAAAAUCGACUAGGUAUCUUAAUACAGAAGAAUGAAAAAGGGAACACACCUCUUCAUCUUGCAGCAGAACUCGGGAGUGUUCCCAUUAUUGAGUGUUUGGUAAACUCAGAAGAUCCUACUCUCAUCCGGGAGACCAAUUCAAAAGGGGAAACCCCUUUAUUCAUAGCUGCUUAUCAAGGCAAGCUAAAAGCUUUUCUCUACCUACAUAAGUGUGUUCAAGAUGAAAAAAAAGAAGGUCCAGUUGAACUUUGUAGAAGGGAAGAUGGGGAUAACAUUCUACACGCCGCCAUCUCUGGCGAGUACUUUGAGGUGGCUUUUCAGAUAAUACAUUACUAUCCGCCACUUGUCAACUAUUACAACACAGAGGGCAUGUCUCCUCUACACUUCCUUUCCAAGAUGCCUCAAGUAUUCAGAAGUGGCAGCCAUUUUCGGUUCAUAGAUAGUAUUAUCUACUACUGCAUAAAUAUCGAUGAGCUAGAGCUAAUGACAUAUGAAGCUGAAGGCAAAGGCGACUUCAAACUUAAACUCCGUUGGAAUCUCCCAGAGAACUACCAAGCACUGGCGGAGUUCUUGGAACUACUUUGGAAUGGGACUCGGAUAAUUCGUGAUUAUAUUAAAGAAACAAAUUUUGGGUGUCAAGGGAAAAUGUCUAGAGCUACUACUAAAGCAACUAAUGUGAAUCCAGAGAAGUCAUCUCCAGGCCAUCAAAGUUAUCGUCAAAAUGAUCCCGAGAAUCCCCCAAUUAAAGAUACUACUGGAGCAACUAAUGAGAAUCAAGAAAAGAAGUCUCCGGAUACUACUGGAGCAGCUAAAGAGAAUCAAGAAAAGAAGUCUCUAGAUACUAUCGGAGCAACUAAUGAGAAUAAAGAAAAGAAGUCUCCAGCUGAAGGGAAGAGAAACGGCAAGUUGUUUCCAGCCAAUUACACCAUCUUUAUAGAGUUUCUCAAAUGUCUAACGAAGAUUGUGCUAGUUGUAUUGGGUAUUGGACUCCAAAGGAUAAAAAAAUUAGAGGUAAGAAAAAGGCAACAUACAUGGGGAGUUCAAAUUAUGAAGUUGAUGAUUGACAAUGAAAAACGUUACAAAUUCUAUGAAAGUACUGGAGAAGAGCCAGAAGAUAGGGACCACCAUAGUCAAGACCUUGCACCUCCUACAGAACCUCCCCUAAUAGUUGAGGAUGAUAAUAAAAAGGACGAAGACCAGAGUAAGACUGCAGUGACCAAGCAAUCACCAACUGCAAGCGCAGAUGAGAAAAAGAAAGAUGAUCACAAGUCCGAGUUGUCCAAGCCGAACAAGGACACACCCUUAUUAGAGGAGGCAUCAAGGAUGGGAAUUGUAGAGAUGGUAGAGAAGGUCCUUAAAAUUUUCCCAACAGCCAUUCAAGAUACGGACUCUAAAGAGUUGUCCAAGCCGACCAAGGAGACACCCUUAUUGGUGGCAUCAAGGAUGGGUAUUGUAGAGAUGGUAAAGAAGAUCCUCAAAAAUUUCCCAAUAGCCAUUCAAGAUACGGACUCUGAAGAUAAGAACCUACUGCUUUUGGCUGUAGAGCAUAGGCAAACAGAAGUCUAUAAUUGGUUAAUAGGAGAAAAGUAUCCAGAGUACGUGUUUUAUCAGGUGGAUAGAAAAGGAAACAAUGCAGUGCACCUAGCCGCAAGGUACCAGAAGCUCGAGGUGUGGCGCAUCCCUGGUACCGCUCUACAGUUGCAAGGCGAAAGGAAGUGGUACAAGUAUGUCAAGCAAACUUUGCCACCACAGUCAUAUGUUCGUUAUAACAAAAAAGGUCAGACACCAAGACAGGUCUUCAUAGAGACGCAUGCAAAGUUACUCAAAGAUGGAACUGAAUGGCUCGUCACAACCGCCAAUUCAUUCUCUGUCGUUGCAGCACUGAUUGCUACAGUUGCAUUUGCUACAUCUUCCCAAAUCCCAGGCGGUUCCAACGAAAGUGGUUAUCCAAACUUUGAAAAUCAACCUGCUUUUGACGUGUUCUCUAUAUCAUCACUUGUUUCUCUUUGCUUCUCUGUCACGGCCCUGGUGUUUUUCUUGGCUAUCCUCACAUCUCGAUGCCAACACAAUAAUUUCGAGAAAGAAUUGCCAAGAAAGUUGCUUCUUGGAUUAACUUCGCUUUUUGCAUCAAUAACCGCUAUCUUGAUCUCAUUCUGUGCCGCCCAUUUCUUUGUCCUCCGUGAUAAGUUCAAGAAUGCGGCAUUUCCAAUAUAUGCGGCAACAUGCAUACCCGUGGUGUUUUUUGCAUUAAAUCAAUUCCCUCUCUAUGUUGAUCUCAUAAGGUCAUACAUCCAAAAGCGGCCUCUUCGUAGCUAUAAGGUGUUUUAUACAGAUUCCUCAGUAGCAGAUCAGAAGAAAGAAGGUAAAGAAAAGGAGGACUAAAACAGAUGAAAAUUAUGACGAGCUGGGCGGUGCCGGGUUUGCAAAUAAGAUUGGGUUGUUUUGUGUCAAAAGAUGACAAGAAAGGUUUUUAUUCGUCGAGAUGAAGAAAUCAUUCUUCUAUGUAUCCUGAAUAAUCUUACACUUUUUUAAGAGUUGCAUGAUUUCAUAUACCUUGUUUUCUAAAUGUUGUUUGAUAAUUUAUGUGAACUUAAGGGAGUCUUAGGGAACUUAUCAUAUCUAGAUAGCACGAAAAAGGUAUUAUCCUAUUUGUAAUCCUAUUGAAAAAAUAAAAAAGCUCAGCUUUACAAGGA